CAUCACUCGAUCGAGUGUUCGCCAGCCGGUGGACUGUUCGAACCUCUUAUUUGGUUUAAACCCGUGAAAGUUGUUCCUUCCAGUCGCGUAAUCGUCGCACCAUCCCGCCGAUCUCGACCGGUCUACUAGAAUGCUGCGUCCGUUGCUGUUAGCAGCUCUCGUGACGCUGUCAUGGGGCAUCCCGACUCCCGACGAUGUCACGGAAGUCGCCGUGAAGGAAUCGGACGAAUCCCUCAUACUGAGGGCCAAGGAGUUCUUGAAGAAAAUGGACAAGGAGUACGCGGAGUGGAAUAAUAAACAGACCGUCGCGGAAUGGAAUUACGCCAGCGACUUGACUCAGGAUAAUCUAGCGAAGAAGCUGAACGUGUCCGCGGAGGCCGCGAGGUAUUACAAGUCCUCCUGGCAGGAGGUGAACAAGUUCCCUUGGAGGGACCUCAAGGACGAGAAUCUCAAGAGGCAGUUCUCGAAGCUCAGCGUUUUGGGAAUAGCCGCGCUUCCCGAGGAUCUCCAUCAAGAAUACGAGAGGAUCAUAAGCGACAUGGAGAACAUCUACAGCACGGCUAAGAUCUGCGAUUACAAGAACAGAACCAAGUGCGACCUGGCGUUGGAACCGGAGCUGACCGAGCUGUUGAUGAACAGUCGGGACCCUGAAGAGUUGAAGUACGUCUGGGUCCAGUGGAGGAAAGCCACCGGGGAGAAGAUGAAGUCUCUCUACGCGAGAUACGUCGAGCUGAGUAACAUGGCUGCGACGAUGAACAAUUACACCGACAACGCGGCUUACUGGAUGAGAGACUACGAGGCCGACGACUUCCCCGCGCAGAUCGAGACCCUCUGGCAGCAGUUGAAGCCGCUGUAUUUGCAACUGCACGCGUACGUCCGUCGGGAAUUGCGUAAAAAAUACGGCGAGGACGUCGUCUCCAAGGACGGACCUAUCCCGGCACAUUUACUCGGCAACAUGUGGGCCCAGACGUGGAGCAACGUCGCGGACUUCUCUCUCCCCUAUCCAGGGAAACAGUUACCGGAAGUCACCGACGCGAUGAUCAAACAAGGAUACAACGCGACCACUAUAUUCCGCGUGGCGGAGGAUUUCUUCACGUCGAUCAAUCUCACUGCGAUGCCGGAUUACUUCUGGCAAAGGUCGAUACUUGAAAAGGCGAAGGACCGCGAGAUGAUCUGCCACGCGAGUGCCUGGGACUUCUACGACGGAAAGGACUUCAGGAUCAAACAGUGCACCAGAGUCAACAUGGAGGAUCUGCUUACUGCCCAUCACGAAAUGGGUCACAUCGAAUAUUACUUGCAAUACAAGAACCAGCCUACUAUAUUCAAAGAGGGUGCGAACCCUGGCUUCCACGAGGCCGUCGGAGACGUCAUAGCACUCAGCGCUUCUACGCCGAGUCAUCUGAAAGCCAUCAAAUUGUUGGACAACGAUUCGACGGACAAGGAAGCUAACAUCAAUCACCUUUACUUGAAGGGGCUCGAUAAAAUCGUGUUCCUACCCUUCGCUUACAUGAUGGACAAAUGGAGAUGGGACGUGUUCCAACGAACGGUCACGCCUGACAAUUACAAUUGCCAUUGGUGGGAGCUGGCCGAGUCGUUCCAAGGUAUCGAGUCACCCGUGGACAGAUCGGAAGACGACUUCGAUCCCGGCGCGAAGUACCAUAUAAUAGCGAACGUGGAAUACAUCAGAUACUACGUCAGCUUCAUCGUACAAUUCCAAUUUCACAAGGCGCUCUGUAUAGAAGCGAAACAGUACGACCCGAAGAAUCCAAACUCGAAAUCUCUUCAUCAAUGCGAUAUCUAUAACAACAAACAAGCUGGCAAUCUAUUGAAAUCUAUGCUGGCGUUGGGCUCGUCGAAACCUUGGCAAGACGCGAUGGAGAAGAUCACUGGUCAAAGGAACAUGGACACCACGGGGCUCAUGGAGUAUUUCAAACCGCUGACCGAUUGGUUGAUUGAAGAGAACAAGAAGACCAACGAAUACAUCGGUUGGAAACCUAGGGCAAGGCGUAAGAUACGAAAAAUAGCCUCCGCGAUGGUGAAGGAACAGUUCAGGGAGACCGACGUAGCUCGGAAGAUCUCCCAUGUGUCCUUCGGAGUGGACAGUCGCCACAACAUGGAGAGGCAGGCCCAUAUCCACGUCGUGGCUAAGAAUCUGUACAACCAGGACGUAGAGCACACGCCGGUACCUUACGGUGUCCUCGACAGGAGAAUGGGGACUUGCAACAACACGACGAAUUGCGUGUCCUGCGGUAAAAGCUUGAGCGAAUGCAUAGGACACUUUGGGUACAUCGACUUAGAGUUGCCCGUUUUCCACGUCGGCUACUUUAGAUCCGUUAUCGGGAUCCUACAGACUGUGUGCAAAAACUGUUCGCACGUCAUGUUGUCUGAAGCCGAUAAGGAUUACUAUUUGAUCAGAGUACUGAAUCCCAACUUGGGCUACUUGGCACGCAAAGCACUGCGCAAACAGAUUCUGGAAAAAGCCAAGAAGACUACGGUCUGCCAGAACUGCGGAGAUCUCAACGGAAUAGUGAAAAAGGUCGGCUUGCUGAAAAUCGUCCAUGAGAAGUACAGAUCGAAGAAGAAGAUCGACGCGGUCGUACAGGAGAAGUUGGCGGAGUACAGUAACGUGCUCGAGGACAAUAAAGCGCUGGAAGGGGUACUUCAAAGCGGACUGAUCAACGUGUUGAACCCUAUAGAGGUGCAAAGUAUUCUCGAGAAGAUCCCGGAACACGACAUUCCUCUGUUGAUGAUGAACUCGCAGUGCGCGUUGCCGAAGGAUUUGAUAUUAACGAGGAUCCCUGUGCCACCGAUUUGCAUCAGGCCGAGCGUCGUAUCUGAUUUGAAAGCCGGCACGACGGAAGAUCAUUUAACGAUGAAGCUGUCGGAGAUAGUUUUCAUUAACGAUGUGAUUCAGAAGCAUCGGCAGAGCGGAGCCAAAGUGCAGAUGUACAACGAGGACUGGGAAUUUCUACAAUUGCAUUGCGCUCUUUAUAUAAACAGCGAAAUGACCGGUAUUCCGCUCAACAUGCAACCGAAGAAGUCUGGGAGAGGACUGGUUCAGAGACUGAAGGGGAAGCAGGGUAGAUUUCGUGGUAACUUGUCUGGGAAACGCGUAGACUUCUCUAGUCGUACGGUCAUCUCGCCGGAUCCUAAUCUCCGAAUCGAGCAAGUCGGUAUACCUAUUCACGUCGCGAAAAUAUUAACGUACCCGGAGAGAGUCAAUCCGUCGAACAUAGAAUUGAUGCGGAAGCUCGUGAGGAACGGCCCGGACAUGCACCCUGGGGCGAACUUCGUACAACAAGGGAAGACGCAUUUUAAAAAGUAUCUCAGAUACGGAAAUCGGCAAAAGAUCGCGCAGGACUUGCAGUACGGCGACAUCGUCGAGAGGCAUCUGAGGGACGACGAUGUAGUUUUGUUCAACAGACAACCGUCGCUGCACAAAUUAAGUAUAAUGGCACUCAAGGCGAAAGUAUUGGAGCACAGAACGUUCAGGUUCAACGAAUGCGUUUGCACUCCGUUCAACGCGGAUUUCGACGGUGACGAGAUGAACGUUCACCAGUUGCAGACCGAAGAAGCGAGAGCCGAGGCUCUGGUCUUAAUGGCGAAUAAAUCAAAUUUGGUCACACCUCGCAACGGGGAAUUACUGAUAGCAGCGACACAGGAUUUCAUCACUGGCGGCUAUCUAUUGACACAGAAGGAUGUAUUUUUUAAUCGAGCUCAGGCAAACCAGUUGGCUGGUUGCCUCAUAGCAGGACCCGAUCUCGCGAUGUCUGUAAAUCUCCCGGAGCCGGCUAUUUUAAAACCGACUCAGUUAUGGACCGGGAAACAGAUUUUCAGUUUAAUUCUAAGACCGAACAAGAGCUGCAACGUGAGAGCCAACUUGAAGACCAAAGGGAGAGCUUAUACCAGUAACAAAGAAUUGUGCAUCAAUGAUUCCUAUGUUAUCGUUCGGAACUCAGAACUGUUGGCUGGGUCUAUGGAUAAAUCGACGUUAGGCUCGGGAUCCAAGCAGAAUAUAUUCUACAUUUUGCUGCGCGACUGGGGCGAGGACAUCGCGACCACUGCUAUGUGGCGAUUGGCGAGAAUGGCUAGCUAUUUUUUAAUGAACAGAGGAUUCUCCAUCGGGAUUGGUGACGUGACACCGGGUCAGGGACUUCUUAAAGCUAAACAGGAACUCUUAAACGCCGGGUAUUCCAAGUGUACCGAGUACAUUCGUCAAAUGGAAGACGGUCGCCUCGUGUGCCAGCCCGGUUGCACGCAGGAGGAAACGUUGGAGGCUAUGAUACUGAAAGAGCUGUCGGUGAUCCGUGAUCACGCCGGUAAAGCUUGUUUGAAAGAAUUACAUCCGAGCAACAGCCCGUUGGUCAUGGCCUUGUCCGGCAGUAAAGGAAGCUUCAUCAAUAUUUCUCAAAUGAUCGCUUGCGUCGGUCAGCAGGCGAUUAACGGGCGCAGGGUACCGAACGGUUUCGAGGACAGGGCUUUGCCGCAUUUUGAACGACACUCGAAGAUCCCGGCGGCCAAAGGGUUCGUAGAGAAUUCGUUCUAUUCCGGGCUGACGCCGACGGAGUUCUUUUUUCACACGAUGGGAGGAAGGGAAGGUCUCGUAGACACUGCGGUGAAAACCGCUGAGACUGGUUACAUGCAGAGGCGAUUGGUCAAGAGUUUGGAGGAUCUCUGCCUCCACUACGACAUGACCGUUCGCAAUUCUGUCGGAGACAUCAUUCAGGUUCUAUACGGCGGAGACGCCCUGGAUCCCACGUACAUGGAAGGCAAGGAUUGUCCGGUGGAUUAUGAAAGAAUAUUGGAUCACGUGAGAGCGAAAUCGCCUUGCAAAGACGAGGACCCGCUCGAUGCUUCCAACGUUCUCAAGGCCACUGUGGAACUUCUAAAUUCCGAGGAAUACGAAUGCCUCAGCGAGGAAUUCAAACAAGAACUGUCCGCGUUUCUAAAAAGCGUAGCAAGGAAAAUAGCCCGUCUCAGGCAUCACGCGCCGUUGAACGUGCCCGUGGUUCUACAACUCGAGCGGCUCACCGUGUCUCAAUUGGUCGAAUUCAUUCACACGUGUAAAGAGAAGUUCAUGAGAGCAAAGAUAGAACCGGGAACAGCAGUGGGUGCUCUCGCUGCGCAGAGUAUCGGGGAACCUGGCACUUCGAUGACUUUGAAAACGUUUCACUUCGCUGGUGUAGCGUCCAUGAAUAUUACUCAGGGUGUGCCGCGUAUUAAAGAAAUUAUAAAUGCAAACCCGAAGAUCAGCACUCCGAUCAUCACGGCGGCUCUCGAAAACGACGCGGAUCCGGAAUUCGCCAGGAGAGUAAAGGGCAGGAUAGAGAAAACAACUUUAGGCGAAGUUACAGAAUACAUCGAAGAAGUCUAUCUACCAGACGAUUGCUUUUUAUUAAUCAAGUUAGACGUCGAUAGGAUAAAGUUAUUGAAACUAGAAGUCGACGUCAACUCCAUAUGCUAUUCAAUUUUGACUUCACGGUUGAAGUUGAAUCCAAAAUUGGUAAGCGUCAAAGGAGAUUCUAUCAUCAGUGUAUCUCCAGGCAAGGGUAAAUACAGUUUAAACUAUGCGUUGACGCAGUUGAAAGAAACGAUUCCGAACAUCGUCAUCAAGGGUUUGCCGACAGUUUCGAGAGCUAUAAUUCACAACGACGAUUCGAGUGGGAAAACGAGGUACAAGUUGUUCGUAGAAGGGGAUAAUAUGCGAGAAGUGAUGGCUACUCUCGGGAUACUUGGAAACAAAACCACUUCGAACAAUACAAUCGAGGUCUUCAAAACGUUAGGAAUCGAAGCUGCGAGAGCUACUAUAAUGACAGAAAUAAAGCUAGUAAUGGAAAAUCAUGGGAUGAGCAUCGAUCGCAGGCAUCCGAUGCUCGUAGCUGAUUUAAUGACGAGCAGGGGAGAAGUGUUGGGAAUUACUAGGCAGGGUUUAGCCAAGAUGAAGGAAUCCGUCUUAAAUCUGGCCUCGUUCGAGAAAACUGCGGAUCACCUGUUCGACGCGGCUUACUAUGGACAGAAGGACGUGAUUUGCGGCGUUUCGGAGUCGAUCAUCAUGGGUAUCCCAGUUCCCGUGGGAACGGGGAUAUUCAAACUACUUCACAAAUAUCCUUUUCGAUCUUAUUUCUUUAACAAGACUAAUUCGACUACAAUUUCUUCGUUAUUUUCCUUAUUAAUUAAAUACAGCUGACAAGGACGAAGUGGUCAAGAGAGAUUUAAUAUUCGACGACCCGCAGUUUCAC